AGGACUCCUUCAAAAUCUUGUACCAUCUGUUUCUUAAAUAAAUAAAUGGCUGGUCCCAUCCUUCCACUUACAUCCAAAGAGAAAAAACAAAAACUCUCUGCCUUCUCCCUGCUGUAAUAACUAAAGUUGAGAAGGCCGACAUCCAACAUAAAAGAGGGGGAAAAGAAGAGAGGUUAGCUAGAUGUAUAAUAUAAGGUGAGGAAAAAGGAGGGCAGAUUCAUGAAGUCCAGAAGAAGAGAGUCCACUAUCAGAGGAACUAUAGGGGGAGCGAAAGGAAUGACCAAUAUUAUUGGUGAGCUAGUGCUCAUGUACCAGCUCCUAGUGAUGCUGUUCACAACCGCUGCAGAGGAGCUGCCGGCCUGCCAACGGGUGUGCGGUGACGUUGAGAUCCCCUACCCUUUCGGCAUCGGCCCCCCCCACUGUUUUAGGGAAGACGGGUUCGACCUGACAUGCAGCAAGACCAAUGAUAGCCGCGGAUACAAACCAUUUAACGGCAAUGUGGAGGUCACCAACAUCUCACUGGCCUCAGGCCAAGUUCGAAUAUACAAUGCCAUAUCUUGGCAAUGCUACAACAAAGAGUUGGCCCACCGCACCUGGGUUCUGGACUUAAAUGACACGCCGUACAGGUUGUCCAACAUCAGCAACAAGUUCACCGUCAUCGGCUGCGACACCCUCGCCUACAUCGGAGGUCGUAAAAACGAAAUCGAUUUGUACGAGAGCGGGUGCGUGUCGAUGUGCCGGAACGGGAUAAUCCCAACAAAUGGUUCAUGCACUGGCAUCGGCUGCUGCCAGACUUCCAUCCCCUCAGGGCUCAGCUUCUACAACGUCUGGUUCGAUGCCAAGUUCAACAGCUCCGACGUCCAGGAUCAGGAGUUCAAUCCUUGCAGCUUCGCGGUUCUGCUCGAGGAGGACCAGUUCGAGUUCCAGUCGACCUACGUCACUAAGCUUGAUUUCUACAGCAACAACGGAUGGCCGGUGGGGAAAGCACCCGUGGUGCUGGACUGGGCCAUAGGGAACGAGACAUGCGAGCAAGCCCAGCGCAACCAAACGACCUAUGCUUGUAUCAGUGAUCAUAGUCACUGUGUUGGAUCCCCCGGUGGCCAUGGGUAUCUCUGCAACUGCUCAAGCGGUUACCGGGGAAAUCCCUAUGUUCACGGAGCCGAUGGAUGCCAAGACAUUAACGAGUGCGAUGAUCAGAGGCCAUGCGCCGAGACUGCCACGUGCACGAACGCGCCAGGGAAUUUUUCCUGUUCAUGCCCACCAGGCACACACGGCGACCCUCAAAAAGGUGGAACUUGCUACCCAUGCCCACCAGGCACACACGGCGACCCUCAGAUUGGUGGAACUUGCUACCCAAACAACAAACUUUCCCUGACGGUGAAGCUUGUAAUAGGUAAUUAUUUCCUGUCUAUGCCAUCAAACAAACAAAGAAUGCUUAUGAGGGUUAAAAAGAGAUAUUUUCAGCAAAAUGGAGGUUGGCAAUUGCUUCAUGAGAUCAGGUCAAACCAAGGCCUUGCGUUUAUGAUUUUUACAAAAGAAGAAUUAGAACAGGCAACAAACAAGUUUGACAAAAGCUGUGUCCUAGGGCAUGGAGGCUAUGGAACUGUUUAUAAAGGAAUUUUGACAGAUAACCGUACGGUUGCCAUAAAAAAAUCAAAGAUGAUUGACGAGAGGCUGAAGAAGGAAUUUGGAAAGGAGAUGAUUAUUCUUUCCCAGAUCAACCACAAGAAUGUGGUUAAGCUCCUGGGAUGUUGUUUGGAGGUCGAAGUCCCCAUGUUAGUUUAUGAAUUCGUCUCCAAUGGGACUCUAUUCCAGUUAAUCCACGAAAAGAGCCACAGAGUCCCCAUUUCCUUGGAUCUGCGUCUAAAGGUUGCUUCAGAGUCGGCAGGGGCACUUGCAUAUUUACAUUCAUCAGCUUCCCCUCCAAUCAUUCAUGGAGAUGUGAAGCCUUCCAACAUACUUUUAGAUGACAAUUACACAGCAAAGGUGUCUGAUUUUGGAGCUUCAAUGCUAGUUCCAAUGGAUGAAACUCAAUGUGCUACGUUAGUUCAAGGUACUUGUGGUUACUUAGACCCUGAGGUCCUACAGACAUACCAUCUAACAGAUAAAAGCGAUGUUUACAGCUUUGGUGUUGUUCUUCUAGAGCUCCUUACUGGCAAGAAGGCACUUUAUUUUGAAGGAUCUAAAGAUGAGAAAAGCCUAGCAUCAACUUUCAUAUCUGCCAUGAAGGAGAAUCAACUUCUACAGCUUCUGGACGGUCAAAUUAAGAAUGAAGAGGACAUGGAUGUGAUUCAAGCAGUUGCUGAGCUUGCAAACCAAUGCUUGAAUUUUAGGGGACAAGAAAGGCCUUCAAUGGAUGAAGUGGCAGAAAAGCUAGAUAGGUUAAGAAAAUUCAAACUGCAUCCAUGGGUACAGCAUCCUGAAGAGAUUGAGAGAUUGCUCGAGGAAUCAUCCAACUAUCGUGAAACAGAUACCACCAGGCAUUAUAGUUUAGAGAAGAUAGCUGCACUGGAUAUAGAAUCUGGAAGGUGAUGUUACUGUGUCCUAAAAAUUUAAGGCUCCACCAGUAGACUUAUAUAUUAAAGAUUUUGGAGAAUCCUUUUGCAGGAAUAAAUGAUAGCAUGUACUUAUGAGAGGGAGAGGGUGAGAGAAAUAGGCUCCUUUGCUGCAAUUAACCAUCAUAAUCCAUGUAAUCAUGCCAAACCUUCUCCUGCUAUGGCAUGCGUACCUAUGUGAUGCACUUGUAAUAGUUCAGUGUUUU